AUGUCUUCCAGAGACAUUUACGACAAGGCAACAGUCUAUAAUCCUGUAGACACUCGCACCAAACCCCCUCAAAACAGCAACACUUCCAACAAGCUUCCUUCCUCUCACUCCAAAGUUCCUUGCCCCAAUCGACAAUCCUCUUCCGCUGCCCCAAAAGCAUACACUACACUCGAAAGAGACAAUAAAUCGACAAAAAGAGGUUUGUCUCAACAGCACACUUUACUUCAAAGAGAUGGACAGGCUUCUUCUUCCCGUGGACACAUUUCAGGUUCUCAUGAUCGAACUCAGCUCAACAGAGACCAACAAUCAUCAUCAAGCUCAAGACAGCCAAGCAUGAUGCGCGCAGCAACAACUGCUCCUCCGGAUGCGAAGAGCAAGUUUAAGUCUCAGCAUGAUGUCAAAAUGGCCUCUCAACAAGUCAGAUACCAGGAGAUGACUUACGAAGAGAAGAAGAAACAGGACGAGUGGGUCCGUAAUUUCAUUGUCUAUGCCGGGCCAUGCCCUGCUGGGUUCGGCUGGGAGCGAGUCAAGUAUGGAUAUGUCUGCAAUGGUGGGAAUCACUUGUGUACCGAUGAUCUUUUGGCUGAAGGCAAAGGCGGCUUUUAUAGCGGAACCCUUGACGCUGGAUGGUGGGGUCCAGUCUAUGACCCAGAUCGGCGCUUACUAUUAGAUUAUGCAGACGUCAUAGUAUGGGAGUACGCCAAUAAACACGGGUUAAACCCAACAGUGGCUCCAAUAGUCCCACCGCCUAGUAUACUAGCAACUCAUGAAGUUCACCCAGGAAUUGCAAAAGCAAUGGCAGGCCAAGGACCCAUGCCACAUGCUUGCUCAGUUGAACAUGUCAUUGAGAACUUCAAGCGAGUAGGUGAAUUUGAGAGAAUUAUGGGAGUAGGAAACAACUCUAGGUCCUCUCAUCAUGUUUCCGCAGCAUCAAGCCACCAUUCGUCAAAUGGCUAUCGCUCAUCCAGUGGACAUCUCUCAUCCAGCGGAUAUCACUCAUCAGGAAUGACACCUCAGCUCAGCACCCUCUAUGGGCCAGGAGGUCUGCCGAAUCGACUUGCAAUGAGCACGAGCAAUGGUUCUCUAUCCCAAGGAGGUCGACUCCCACUCGUGCAUCUACCAGCUGCUUAUCGCAAUGAUCCAUAUGGACAGGGACUAUUGGGACGCCGCGGACAUUAA